AGCUGCUUCAAGAGUACAGCUUGCGGGAUGAGACAUCCUUGCUGCAUUACCAUUGGUUUUUUUGGGGUUUACAAAAUAUCAUUACAUUAAGAAGAUAUAUAUUCAACAUCUCAUAUAUAUUCAACAAAAUUUCAGGACAGAUUUUCUUCGUUCCCAAGUUCAGGAAAAUUCCCUGUUGAAAUUUUUUUGUAUCACUUAUUGAUUUUUUUUUUUUUUUUUUUUUUUGUGAUGCAGUUAAUCAGUAACAGUGUGAGCUAAAAUUCCCGUCACCUUAAGUGUUGGAGUUAUUUAGUGGUGCGUGGAAGCAGUGCUGAAAUAAAAAAUAUUCAAGAUGGCAUUCUGGGGCUGGUUUGCAUUUUUUUGCCUCUUCAAUCAAGGCAAUCUAGUUUGGUGCCUUUGCACAGAGGAAAAAGUACAAAUUGAAGGAGGCACAUACACGUUGUCUAACCAGCUUCAAGAAGCCAGCAUACUCAGUUACCACUGCGAAGAAGGACACUACCCAUAUCCUCAUUUGGUGCGCGUUUGUAAAUUCAAUGGCUUAUGGGAACCUGCACCCACAAAACCCUCAAAGUGUAGACCGGUUCAAUGCCCAGAUCCAACUGUUAUAGAAAAUGCUAAUGUCUUGCCCAAUGAAAAUCGAUACUUUCAUCAAAAUGAGACCAGAUACGAGUGCUACGCGGGGUAUGAACUAUAUGGACCCUCACAUCGCACCUGUUUAGCGAGUGGGAAAUGGAGUGGUCCGCAUCCUGUGUGCCGCCGAGACUCUGGAGACCAUUGCCCUGACCCUGGAAUCCCCCCAGGCGGGUCUAGGACUGGCACCCUGUUUGGUAUUGGAGAGAAAGUGACCUACACAUGCAAUGGCAACAAAAUGAUCUUGAUUGGCUCAGAAGAAAGAGUUUGCCAGGAAGACGGUCAUUGGAGCGGCAUAGAACCAACGUGCUAUUACCAGCACACUUAUGACUCACCUCUCGAGGUUUCACAUGUAUUUGGUGGUGGAAUCAAACACACUUUUGCAUCUUUACAAACAGAAAAUGUUACACAGGAAGGGAGAACAAUCAAGUUGACCAAAAGUGGGAUACUUAACAUAUACAUUGCAUUGGACAUCUCUUCGAGCAUCAAUCAGGAACAAUUCGAAAACGCCAGAAAAGCUGUAUUAACACUUAUUGAAAAGAUUGCAUCCUUUUCAGUGACUCCUAAUUAUGAAAUCAUCUUCUUCUCCGCAAAACCUAUUGAAGUUGUAAAUAUCUUGUCCUUUUUUGAUAACAAAACAAAGUCGUUGGCAGAUAUGGUAAAAGAGUUGGAAACAUUCAAAAUUCAAAGUAAAUCAACUGGAACCAAUCUCAAUGAAGUUUUUCAGAAAUUCCAGGAGAAAAUGGCCAUUAUUAAACAACGACAAGCUAACUUUAAAGAGCAUCAGCAUGUCAUCAUUGUGUUUACAGAUGGUGGCUAUAACAUGGGAGGAAACCCCACUGAAACUGUUAAUAGUAUUAAGGCAGAGAUUUUAAUGGACAAACCAAAGGAAAGAGCAGAACAUCUUGAUAUUUAUAUUUUUGGCGUUGGUACUCAAAUUUAUGACCGCAACCUCAAGAGCCUCACAGUUGGGACAGGAGAGAAGCAUUUCUUCAGGUUACAGACUCUCCAAGACCUGCAUAAAACCUUUGAUGAAAUCAUAAAUGAAGAAGAUGUAAAAGGCUUGUGCGGUCUCCAUAGAAACUAUGGUGAUAUGCCUAAUCUUAGACAAAAAAGACAGAAAUACCCCUGGGUCAUGUUUGUUUCUAUUAUGACUGAUGAGAAGACUUCAAAUUGCCUGGGCUCCUUGGUUUCCCCUCGUUUUGUACUGACAGCAGCUCAUUGUUUCACAGUUGGUGAUUUCAUAGAAAAAAUGUCAAAUGUAAAAGUAGAACUGUAUGAUGGCUUUCAGCUAGAUGUUCAGAAAAUCCACACACACCCAAAAUAUAAUAUAUCUUCCAAAAGGCACCGGGGCAUACACGAGUUUUAUGACUAUGAUGUGGCUCUCAUCGAACUGGUAAAAGAUGUGCCGAUCUCUCCGUCAUUGAGACCAAUUUGCCUGCCCUGCACAGAGGAAACAAAUGGUGCAUUAAGACAAACUUUAACUUGUGAGCAGCAAGAACGCUUGCUCUUAACAAACAAUGACAGAAUCGGCUUUUUGACCAAGAGAAAUCUUGUUGAAAAAGAUGCCCACAUAAAGCUUGGUGAAAAUAGGCCAGACUGCAUUAUUAAAGCACUUCAAGCAAAAGGCAUCAACACUACUAAUGUGGCUGAGGUUGUGACCGACAGCUUCCUCUGCAGUGGAGGGGACUAUCCAGCCAUAGACAAAAUAGCAUGUAGAGGUGAUUCUGGAGGCGCUGUGUUUAAAAAUUACCUAAAUCGGACAAUACAAGUCGCCUUGGUCAGUUGGGGAAAUAAGGUCAUGAAGAAAUGUGAACUGGGUGGAGUGGUGGAGUCAGACAAAGAUUCAAGAGAUUUUCAUUUUAAUAUUUUCAAAGUUGUACCUUUUCUUAAAUCCAUUCUUGGGAAAACGGGUCAGGAUUAUGUACCACUUGUAUUUGUGGACUAACAAACAUUUUUUAUACAAUUUCAACAGUGAUAUUAUUUACAAAUUCCGCAAAAUGAAGUUAUAUUUUUCAUUUUAAAAUGAAAAAGCACAUUGAUUUUCUGUAAAUUGAAGCACAUGUCUUCUGCUUGUGUAUCGUCUUUUCUGCAAUGAAAGCAUCUAUGUUCAUGUUCGAUGUAUUGAUGCUGCUUUGUCUUUAUAAAUUAAAACAUUUGUGUAAGUAAUAA